GACCCUCACGCCGGCUUUCUUUCACUUCGCUACGAACCAUCGUCCAUCGAAGAUGAACCGAAACAGCGCGCUGGCCGUCGUCGCCGUACUGAUCCUGGCUUUGUCCACGGUCUACGCGGAAAUCGUACAUUGGACGUCGUGUCCUCAGCCUUCCUCUGAAAAUGUACCAUCAAAUUGUACCAUCCACGAGGUACGUGUGGAUCCCUGCAGAGAAGCCGAGGAAAAAAAGCCCUGCUUUUUAAGGAGAGGGCGUAACGCGAGCAUAAGUUUUGAUUACACCACUGACUUUAGCGGUAACUUAAACAGCAGAGCAUACUGGGCUUCUGAAAUCAUGGAUUUGCCAUUCUUGGGCAUGCCACUCGAUGCCUGUCCAGCCACCACUUGCCCAGCUACGCCUGGCCAAAGACAAACUUACCAGAUUUAUUUACCGAUCUCUAAGAAAUUCCCCGCGCGAACGUAUGAUCUCAAAUGGAAGCUGUGGAAUGAGCAAGGACAAGAAUGCUGUUUCAUGUUUCCAAUUAAAUUGCUGAAGUAAAGUUAUUGUUCUUAAAUAAACAUUGUCAUUCUACGUAAUGAUUAUAAUUCGCCGAUCAAUAAUUUAGUGCAAUAAACGAUAUAUUCGUGUUAAUAA